AAGUUGCAAAUUGUUUUGUUUGAAUUUGAUGAAACGUGAGAAACAUUUUUUUUAUUUGUUCAAUAUAUUUGAAAAUUAUAUUGAUAAUGAUGCCAACAACAUCCAAACAAAUGUGAAUAAAUUCCAUCAAACCGCAUACAAUAUAUUUGUCUCUUUCACUUUUUUCCAAUGUGAAUUUUUCCUUUUUCCUCCAGUGAUUGCGACACAUUUUUUUAAAAACAAAAAUGCCAUUACAAAUACAAUCAAAUGAUAAUAAUGAUGAGGAAAAUUAUCAAGAUUUUCCCAACAAUAACCACACGAAUAUUAUUUCACAACAACGGCGACAAUCAUUACCGAAUCAAUCAUCAUUAACAUCAUCAUCAUCAUCAUGGAUGUUAUUUGAACAACAAAUCGAUCGAAAAACAUUGUCAAUUAUCUAUACAAUAUCAUUAUAUUAUUCAUUUAUUGCUGUGGGAUUAUGUGCAUCUAUAUUCAAUCCAACAUUAUUACAAUUAAGUCAUGUUUUCGGUACAGAUUUACAAACAGUUUCGGUUAUAUUUCCAUUGCGUGCUAUUGGUUGUACUGCUGGUACAUUGAUCAAUGGAUUUUUAAAUACAUAUUUUAAUCGUCAAAUAUUGUUGGUUAUAUUUUUAAUAUUAAAAGCAUUGACCACAUUUUUAGUACCACAUUGGACAAAUCUAAAACAAUUCUAUGUGAAUGCAUUUUUUAAUGGAUUUUUUACAGCUGCUGUUGUUGUUAUGGUUAAUGUUUGGAUGAAUGAAAUGUGGUCAUGGUCAUCAAGAGAACAACAGAAUCAUGUUAAUGCUGUGGAUGAUGAUGAUGAAAAUUCUAUGGAAAAUAAUGUUAGAAGAAAUGAUGAAAAAUCACGUACAAUAAUUUGGGCAAAUGUUACAAUGCAAGCAUUACAUUUUUUCUUUGGUCUUGGCACUAUACUUGGACCACUAAUUGCUGAACCAUUUUUAAAUAAUCCAUUUAAUGGUUUUGAUGAUAAUUUUGUUGCAAAUAAUCUUGUUUGGCCAUAUGCAAUAUCAGCCAUAUUAGCUAUUACAUCAUCAUUAAGCAUAUUUAUCAUGUAUAUAUUUAUACCAUAUGAACAAUUAAAAAAAAAGAAUAUAAAAUCAAAUGAAUCGACAAUGAACUUGUUGGUUGAAUCUGAAGAUCAACAAUUACAACAACAACAACAACGUAAAAAAAAUCUUUAUCGAUAUUCGGUUAUUACAUUAGCUGCAUUAUUUUUAGCAAUGUAUUCAUUUUCCGAAGCAACUUAUCUACAAUUUUCGGCAUCAUUUUGUUCAAAAGUAAAACUUAAACUAACACAACCACAAGCAGCAUUAGUAUCAUCAUCAUUGGCCAUAUCAUUUACAGCAUUUCGUGGUGUUAGUGCAUUUGUUGCUUUAAAAUUAACACCAAUUAAAAUGAUAAUUAUUGAUUUUAUUAUUAUUAUAAUUGGUAAUCUAUUGGUAUUCUUUAUGGCUGAUACACAAAUUAUUGGUUUAAUUAUUGGUUAUAUUCUACUUGGUGCCGGUUUUAGUUCAGUAGUACCGAGUUUAUUUCCAUUAUUAGAACAACGUGGCUAUACAGUUACCGAUUGGAUUGGUUCAAUAAUAACAUUUUCCGGUGGUGUAGCACAGGUUCUUGCACCAUAUAUUAUUGGUCUUUGGAUUGAUCGUAUUCCAUACGUAUUGGUUGAUUUUACCUUUUUAAGCAUCAUUACAGCAACAAUUAUGUUUACCAUUAUGUUUUUAUUAAUGAAAUUUGAUCAAAAACGACAACAACAGCAAAACCAGCAGCAUUAUCAUCAAUAAAAAUCAUCUGAUUAAAAUGA